GUAAUUACCGAUAUUGCAAAUUUUCUUUCUUCCACAUUCCGAGAAGAAAAUUCUAAUGAUCCAAGAAGUUUAAAAAGAAAGUUUGACUUGGAUUGUAUGCAAGCUGAAGUUGCAAAAUUUGGACAAAACGACGUCCCACCUUCGUCUUAUCCCCCUAUUAUGUCAUAUCAUCCUAACUAUCACAGAGAAGGGAUGCAUCCGUCUCGAUCAAUGUCGACUCCACAACCUAUGGUCGGGGUUGAAUCUUCUUCCUCCUAUCAUCCUUCGCAAAUAUCGGAUGCUGAUUACCGUCCAUCAUCAAUCUCAGAACUUCACAGAUCUUCCGCUAAAAUUUAUUCUCAUAGCCCUUUGUCUAUUUUACCGGAAAUUCCUUUUUCUCAUAGUUUGCGACCUAGCACCAGUUAUAUUCGGCAUCGUUCCCUUGAACCAGUAACAAAUACAAAUCUUAGUAGAACUAUGUCUACGGAUGCUUAUAGACCUUCAAAACCUCCCUCAAAUUCGCAUCAUCCACAAUCCUCUCAAUAUGUUCAUCAUACUCCACAUCGUUCAUCAACACUUCCGAUUCUUACACAAUCUGGGAGCUCAUCGAAUCGACGGGCGUCACAUCCAAAUACUUCUUUAAGUUUUGGUUCUGAUAGUAAUCUAUUGAAUCCACCUGAAAACAAUCGAUAUGAAAAAGAUGAUGACACUUCAACUUCAAAAUCACAAAAGCCUUCUUCAUCUCCAUCAUCAACCUCCUAUGCUAAAUCUGAAAAUCCAAUUGUUGGUAAUUCCACAACAGCUCGACAGAGAUCACCUCCAUUACCUGAUCCCCCAGAUAAUGAUGUGGAAUAUAAUAAACGUUGUAAGAGAAAUUAG